CAUGUGUAAAACAGGUUUCACCAUGGUAACAUUGUUGCAACAUUUGUGAAAAAAAUUGAAACGCCACUCCGCCUACAAUGUUUUUACAGUCCACAGUAAUUAAUUAAUUAAUUAGUUAAUUUCAUACAAUUUGCGGGACUAUGCUACACUCUUCCAUCGAUCGAAUGUUUUACUGCUGUGGAAUGUUACUCACGUUCUAAUCUAACUGUCCCGUUCUAUGACGUCACAGUAAUUGGAAUGGAAUUUGGAAGCCUCUUAAUUUUGUUCGCUGAGAAUCCUGAGUGCAAAAGGCUUCAUUCAGUUCAGUGGAAGUUUUAUUGGUGAAUCACGGUUCAGUCUUCAAACUCAGUCACCAUGUCUGAUACCAAGAUGUAUUACAGCAGACCAACUCUUAUUUCCAAUUGGCAUAAAAACAGAGAGGCAGAACCCAAAGACUAUGACUUCACUCUGUGUCCAGAUGGAAAGAAGAAACUCAGUAAAUCUACCUACAAACACUUUGGAACCUACAUGGAUGCUGAUUGGAGCACAAGCACAGAAACACAAAUGUCACAGUAUCUACUGAAGAGAGAUUAUGAGCCCAAGAAGAUGCUCAAGUCUAUGGUAGAGGCUGACCACUUCCAGUCUGCAGACUUUGACAAACGUACCGUCAGAGACACAGCAGGACAUGUGACUGGUGUGACCAAUAGCAUCCUGCCACAUCAUCGCCCCGGGCAUGACAAGAUGAAGUUGGACUCCACAUAUGCAGUGGAUUACCUGCCCCCAUGGGACUCCAGCAAAGAGACGAGGACCAUGAAGAGCCGAGCAGCAGACAGCAUUCCUGACUACAGGAAGCCCAAGUCCCAGUUCACAGACACCGCCGACUACCGUCGCGGGGGCAGGAACACCUGGCAGGAUGAGAGCGGGGUCUAUGGUACACUGGGGGCCACAUCCAGGGCCCAGGCUCAGCCAUCCAACCCUAUCUGCCCCUAGAACCCUCACCCUCCCUGGGGAACCACCACAGCAUGGCCUCCUUAACCUGGUUCUCACUGACCAAGACUAUUCUUCUCACUACAGACUUUACUGUAGCAACUUUUUACCUCGGUAUUUCUCUUUCUUUCAUCUCGAGCUAUUGCUGUUUUGUCAUUGUUAUAUGAAUAAAGCAAGUAUUGCAUGUCCAACGUU